AUGUUCGUUUUUAUUGAACCCGAUACAUUAUCUUCCACAGAAAAAGCCCCAAAGAAGAGAAAAGCAAAUAUGUUUAUAAUGUAUCGGAAAGAUAUGAUGAAGUAUAGACCCCAUAAUAUGCCUAUGACAAAAUUUAAUCGAGAUCAAAAGUUAAUAAAUGUCAAUGUACGUGCGGAAAAUGAUCAAAUUGGUGCUCGAGAAGAUAAAAUAAGCCAGGAUUAUCGAGAUCAAAUUGAAUAUGAACAUUCAACCGUUAGUUUAUUAGAAUGUAAUUUGCAAAGAAAACACCAAAAUCAUAAAGGUCAAACCAUAAAUGAAGCUAAUAAUUUACCCAAGGGAAUGAAGAAAGAUUGUUAUUUAACCGAUAAUCCUUCAGAAAAUUUUUAA